AUGUAGUUAUUUGUCAAACAGCUGAUGAUCAAUGGAAAUGCGGAGCUUAUUGUCAAUUUAUCUAAAAAAUUUAAUUGUUUUUCAUUGUAAUUAAUUAAAAAUGGAUGUGGUAGGACUUUUGAACAAUAUUAAUGACAAAACCGACAUGUUUGCGGUGAAAACAUGGACUUCAGAAUGGUCCGAUAAUUUUCAAGAGAAUCAAUUGCUGUAUUCAUUCUGCGGAUGCCUGCUCGUGUCUUUACUAGUCGUGUGUUUCUACUACUAUAGAAGAUGGCGUGCCAAAGAAAUGCUACUAGGCGCGGGUGCCGCCGCCGCCGGAGAGCCGGCCAAGAGGUUCCGCAAACGGGACAAGAUGCUCUUCUAUGGGAGACGUAUGCUGCGGAAAGUCAAGUCUAUCUCCAAUUCCGGACAGGGAAGAAAGCGAAGGGCCGUCAUGAGGUUCGCGAGGAAACUGCUGCAGUUGAAGAAGGAGGCUGCGCCGGAACAACUGAAGGUGCUGGAACCGCCAGCGGAAUAUCUGGAAGAAGACCUGACGAGCGACGACAGGGUGCCCCCGGACGCUCUAUACAUGUUGCACAGCAUCAGGGUGUUCGGCCACUUCGAGAAGCCGGUGUUUCUGAUGCUCUGCAAACACACGGAGAUACUGAAUCUGCCGGCUGGUGCUUUCCUAUUUAAAGUCGGUGACACAGAUGAAAAUGUGUAUGUGGUGCAAACUGGACGGGUUAACGUAUACAUCACGAACCAAGAUGGCGCCAGUCUGUCGCUCAAAGUGGUCAGAGCGGGUGAAAGCGUGACGUCACUGCUCAGCUUCACCGAUGUGCUCACUGGUCACUCGCAACCGUACAAAACUGUUAACGCCAAAGCCCUUGAAGAUUCCCAAGUGAUCAAGCUACCAAUGAGGGCCUUCCAAGAAGUAUUCAAAGAAUACCCCGAUAUAUUCGUCAGGGUUAUCCAGAUUAUUAUGGUGCGUCUCCAACGGGUCACUUUCACAGCGCUACAUCAGUAUUUGGGACUUAGCGCUGAGUUAGUUAAUCCAGGUCGCGAGAAACGUCGUCCGACAGUGGCGUCCUCCCCCGGCCGCGCGCCGAAAGUGGUCGACAGUAGCACCACUAUGCACUCCUCACAUAUCAACGAAAGGGCUGAACAUUUGCAUGUCUCGGAAACGAACCAUCAAUCGUCAUCCCCGAUCAAUAUACAAGGCCGACGGCAGAGGCCUGACAUGGUGCCUGACAUCACUUCGAAUACGCCUCAGCAACAGCCGGACGUCCAACCGACGCCAUCAUUACAGCGGUCCAAAGAAGGAUCUUCAUUUAAGAAACGAGACGCCAACGAGAAUCUCGACGAACAGGCGUUGAUCCAAAUAGCAACUGAGGCGUUUGUAAAAGAGCUGGGGCUUGAAAGCGACAGUGUUCUCCGAGGUCACGUGCAAGUGAGGGACCUGCCCGCCGGGACUUACAUCAUGAAGGAGGAGAGCCAUAAGCUAUUUUAUAGCGUCCCUGGUGAACCAGAAAUCAAGCAGGAUGUGUCUUUGGUCUAUCUUCUCUCAGGCGCUUUGCUGGUGUCUCAAAAGGUAGCUGAAGGCGAGGGGGAAGUCCACAUGUUUACAGCUUAUCCAGGUGAAGUGGAAGGAGGUUUAGCCGUAAUAACUGGAGAGCCAAGUUUCUUUUCAAUCCGUGCCAAACAUUUUUCUCGCAUCGGCCUAUUGUCCAAGACCACAGUUUAUAGUAUUAUGAGAGAACGGCCCUCUGUUGUACUGCACAUUGCUAAUACUGUGGUGAGGCGGCUGUCGCCAUUCGUGAGGCAAGUGGACUUCGCUUUGGACUGGGUAUUUCUGGAGUCCGGUCGGGCGGUGUACCGUCAAGACGAGGAGUCCGGCUCGACGUUCAUAGUGCUCAGCGGCCGGCUGCGAUCGGUCAUCACUCACCCCAACGGCAAGAAGGAGUUGGUUGGAGAGUACGGGAAAGGAGAUCUUGUUGGGAUUGUCGAAAUGGUGACCCAAACCCGCCGUAGUACAACGGUGAUGGCGGUGAGGGAUUCAGAACUGGCGAAGUUACCUGAAGGAUUGUUCAAUGCGAUCAAACUGCGCUUUCCAGUCGUCGUCACUAGGCUUAUCAACCUGCUGGGACAUAGGAUAUUAGGUUCGUGGCAGAAACCCACCGCUGGGUUAGGAGCAGCGACCAUAGAGUCGCGGCGAUCGCAGCACAACUUCUCCACAGUAGCUGUGGUGCCAGUGAGCGACGAUGUUCCCUUGACCGCCUUUACGUAUGAACUGUACCACUCUUUGUGCGCUAUUGGCCUAACCGUGCGUCUAACUUCGGAUGUGAUUCGCAAACUUCUCGGUCUAACAAUAAUGGAUCCGAACAACGAAUACAGACUCAGUUCCUGGCUUGCGCAACAAGAGGACAAACACAAGGUGGCCCUCUACCAAUGCGACCCGAGUUUAACCCAGUGGACUCAACGUUGUAUACGACAAGCUGAUUGCAUUCUGAUCGUCGCAUUGGGCGACAAACAGCCCAGCAUCGGGAAAAUCGAGAAAGAAAUUGAGCGUCUAGCCAUCCGUACUCAAAAAGAGUUGGUGCUACUCCAUCGUGAAGGUGGUCCUAAUCCUUCUGGUACCGUUCAUUGGCUGAAUAUGAGGAGUUGGGUCAGCCAGCAUCAUCAUGUCAGGUGUCCGCAUCGGAUGUUCACUAGGAAGAGCCAGUACAGGAUUAGCGAACUAUACAGCAAAGUACUGAUGUCUGAAGCCAACGUGCAUUCAGACUUCUCACGUCUCGCCCGCUGGCUGACCGGGACUUCUGUGGGACUCGUGUUAGGAGGGGGAGGGGCGAGGGGCGCCGCACACGUCGGCAUGAUACGCGCUAUACAGGAGGCCGGCAUACCUAUCGAUAUGGUGGGCGGAGUUAGUAUCGGAGCGUUUAUGGGUGCUCUGUGGUGCAUGGAGAGGAAUAUCACUACCGUCACGCAGAAGGCCAGGGAGUGGUCGCAGAAAAUGACACAAUGGGGUAAACAGCUCCUAGACCUCACCUAUCCGGCCACGUCCAUGUUUUCCGGACGUCAUUUCAACGCGACCAUACGUUCUACAUUCGGCGACGUCCAUAUUGAAGAUCUGUGGCUCCCUUACUUCACUGUUACCACCGAUAUCAGUUCCAGCUGUAUGAGGAUACAUAGGCAUGGUUCUCUGUGGCGCUACAUUCGCGCUUCCAUGUCCCUGAGCGGAUACAUGCCGCCGCUGUGCGACCCCCUAGACGGCCACCUCCUAUUGGACGGAGGUUACGUCAACAACCUGCCAGCGGACGUAAUGCGAUCGUUUGGUGCUAAGCAUAUUCUUGCGAUCGACGUGGGCUCGCAAGACGAUGUAGAUCUCACGAAUUAUGGCGACGACCUGUCCGGAUGGUGGCUUCUAUGGAAGAGAUGGAACCCUUUCACGUCUCCGGUCAAGGUGCCCAAUUUGCCGGACAUACAGAGUCGUCUAGCUUAUGUGUCUUGUAACCGACAAUUAGAGGAAGUAAAAAAUUCAGACUAUUGCGAAUACAUUCGACCACCGAUCGACGCGUACAAAACAUUGCAAUUCGGUUCGUUCGACGAGAUACGCGAAGUUGGGUACAGACACGGCGCGGCCUACUUCGAGGGGCAGAGGAGGGGCGGCGGCGGGGGGGUGAGCGGCGCUGCUAAUGAGGGGAGGAAGUCUGAGGCACAACCUUUACUUACCGACUACACGUUCACGGACCUAGCGCAGAUGGUGUGUUCGGUCCGCACCGGCCACGACAUGGACGAGUCCCCGUCGUCCUCGGACUACGAGGAGGACCAGAGGCACUUCGAGGGGUACGCCUCGGAGCCCAGCGGUGGGAUUCUAGAGAUGUCUUCCAGCGUAGAGGACGGCGCGGCGUGGAUCAGUGACACAGAACUGGUGCGCAACACGUACUGAAUGCACGCUAGACAGUUUCACACGGAAAGCCGGCGCACGCGCCGCGUCGGCGGCUCCCUGUCUCUGUCAGAGGACGAGAUAGACUCGGAGGCUGAGAUGUACGACCCGCUGAACAAACGCGGCGGGAGGUGAGACCCGACGUUGCACGAUCUGUGCAAGGCUUUAUACGAGUACGUACUCACUGAGAGUUGCAGUGAGUAAUUGUGAUUGCGAGGUAGAUAAAUCUUAGUUUGUUCCGGUUAGAUCACGAAGCAAAAAUAAAGAGGACACGCCUUAUUGCCAGCUAACAAGUGCGGCAUACGCGGGGUCGAGGCAGACGAGUGGGGUGAGCGGUUUCGCCAUGGCUCCGCCCCUGGAAAACGUUAUGAGCGUUCUUUUGCAAGACGUUUGUGCAAAUUUAAUUGUAGCUGUGCGUAAGUUGACACACCUUACUUCUUUAUAUUUGGUCCGUGGAUUAUAUAUACCUAGUCGAUGUAUAGUUUUCGUCUUGGUUCGUUAGCUUUGUAUACAACAGCUUUUGUAUUUGUAGCGUAUGUGUAAACGUGGAUGAAAUCACGGGAAAAAGCUAUACUAGCAAAAUGUUAAGUGAUGUUUAGACUCUUUUGGGUACAUUUUAGUAAAUGGUGCAAUAGAGAAUGAAUUGAUAGUUUGUUUUUAUUUAUUUAAUUCCAAACAUUUAUAUAGUUUGUCAACUUUAUCACAAUGAUGCUUCCAAGUGAAAUUUUUAUCGUUAUUUUUGUUUGUGCUGAUGUUAAAAAUGAGGGGGAAACGUAGGGAGAUAUUUGAAGAAUCUCCAUAGAUUUUUAAAUAUAUUUAGUGUUUGCAUUAAAUAUUAGGUUUUCAAUUAAUUGUGCCAAAGGCACAAUUUUGUUUUGUAAGUUACGGUGUAUUUACAAUUUUACCAGUUAAAACAAUAUGUUUGUGCUACAUUUAUGCACAAGAUUAUACCUAACAUUGUAAAAAAGCUAUUGUAUCAUAUUAUAGCUAUCUUAGUUUAGAUCUUUAGUAUUAUGUACAUAAGUACCUAUGUAUUCCGAAGUAUGCUGUGAUUAUAGUGAAAUUAUUUACCUUGUAAGCAUUAUACCGUUUUUAAACCCGAGCGUAAACCGGGCGUAAGCCCACCUCAGUUUGAUAUAGAUCUUAAGCUGGAGUAUUGAAAAAUUGUCAAAGUGGCAAAAAUCGAGAUUAUUUUGCUAAAGAUGCCAUACCUACGCUUACAGUCUGACUACAAAGAUUAGAAACUACAGUCAACAACACGUCAAGAACCUCUAUGUUGCGGUAAUAGCGGCCAGUUUGCAAUGAAUGUGGGUAGGAUGAUGUGCUGUUGACUGUACAUGAGAGCGUUGUCGUCUUGUCUGACAACACUGGGUGUUUAUCAACCAAUCUUGACCAUUAUACUUGGUAUUUUUAUAUAAAAAAAUGUAGUUCGUUAAAACUCCGUUUUUUACUCUAUUUAGACAGACUAUAUAUCCUUUUGUUUUCCAUAUUCAUAAAUUUUAUUUAUGAAAAACAUUAUUAUGUGUGGAAUUAUUUGAAUUAAUAGAAAAUCAUUUGUAGAAUCACCUGUAGAUUAUAAAAAAAUAUUAAAUAUUGCACACCAAAUCUGAUGUCACCUGAUUAAAGUCAUAUUACGGUAAUAUCAAUUAGCAAUAGAUGUAGUUCUUUUUUUAAUUGCACAUUAUCGUAUGUACUUAAUAUUAAAAUGAUACCUUUUAGAUAUAAUAAAUAUCAAUGCAAAUACGUUAAUGUUAUUUUUAAGAAUUUGUGAACAAUAUGCUAAAUGGCGAUAUAUCAAACCAUUAAUAAUUACGAUAUAGGGAUGACGAAGUAAUGAUUAUUUAUGUUCUUCAGGCAGAUUUUAUUAAAACAUUAGGUAUGUAUUUUUCCCCUUUUAUGCUUCUUAAAGUCAGGAGAGAAACAGAGUUGAAAUGGCACAUGCCCUCAUACAUAUCACUCCCCCAACUUAAAAAAAAAUAUGUCUAAAUAUUUUUCAGUAGAUGUUGCCCGGAGCUUCGCUCCCGUAGGAAUUUUGAAAUAAAAUAUAGCAAUCUUGGAUAAUGUACCUUUCUAAUGGUAAAAUAAUUUUUAAAAUCGGUUCGGUAGUUUCGGAGAUUACCCUCCUCAAACAUAAACGCAUACUCAUAAACGCUUACCUCUUUAUAAUAAUAGUAUAAAAAAUUAUGAACUGAGUAAAUUUUAUCCGAUCGUCAUCCUUAUACUAUAUAGAGAUGUAUCCUAUAAUUUGAAUAAUUUGUAUUUUUUUAUUUUGUCAAAAUAAUAGAAUAUUUUUGAUGUAGGUAUGUGAAUGUAUGCACGACUGAUGAUAUAGCUUUAAGGCUGCCAGUAAGGCACAAAAUGUAAACCAAACAUUAGCUCAAUUAGAUGUAUUUUGUUUAAUUUCAACUAAUAAAUAAAUGCUUACGUA